UGGGUGAAAGUUUCCAGCAGGAAGGACUUGUGUUCUAAAAAUAAAUAAAUAAAUAAACCUGGCACCUCUGGAGCCAGGUCUGUUUCACACUCGUGUAUCUCGUUGUAACGGGUCUCUGGUGGAACAGGACUUUGCUGCGGGAUAAAGUAGAAACAUGCCGGCCUUGUCUUUACCUCUCUGUCGCUUGGUCAGGAACCGGGGCAGUGUUAGAAAGCUGUUUAAACACUGUAAAAUUUUAUAUGCGGCAUGUGGAGCUCCGAGUCUCAGCUCCAGCGGGGUGAUCUGUCACCCAGUCCCGGGACACACACUGUCAGCAGCCGGCAUGUGCACCAGCGACCCGGGUGGAGACACGACCGAAUGGUUGUGGUCUGUUUACAAUGAAACCAAAAGGCAAACGGAAGCUUUAAUCCCAGCGAUCUCAAACAACUUUGGGAAUCCGGACACCAUUUUUGCCAACAACGAGAUGAGCUUGCAGGAUAUCGAGAUCUACGGCUUCGAUUACGACUACACCUUGGCCUUUUACUCCAAACAUCUCCACACUCUGAUCUUCAAUGUGGCUCGAGAUAUUCUUAUCCAACAGCACAGGUACCCAGAAGAAUUGAAGAACUAUAACUACAUCCCUAAUUUUGUGGUUCGGGGGCUACAUUAUGAUGUUCAGAAGGCUUUACUGAUGAAGAUAGAUGCUUUUCAUUACAUCCAGCAAGGAACAGUUUACAGGGGUCUUCAACCUGUACCAGACAAAGAAGUCAUUGCUAUGUAUGAGGGCUGCCAUGUACCUCUGGAAAUUAUGAGUGACUUUUAUGGCAAGAGUUCCCACGGACACGCUAUGAAACAGUUCAUGGACAUCUUUUCGCUGCCGGAGAUGACCUUGCUGUUGUGUGUCAAUGAUUACUUCAUGAAGCACAACAUUGACUAUGAGCCUGUGCAUCUCUACAAAGAUGUCAAGGAGGCCAUAAGAGACGUCCAUGUGAAGGGAAUCAUGUAUCGAGAAGUGGAAGCAGAUAUUGAGAAGUAUAUCUGUUACGGUGAACAGACCCAUGCUGUUUUAAAAAAGCUUUCAGCAAAUGGAAAGAAAUUGUUUCUAAUCACCAACAGCCCCCUGGAUUUUGUAGAUCGGGGAAUGAACUACAUUAUUGGAAAAGACUGGAGGGACCUGUUCGAUGUCGUCAUAGUGCAGGCCGACAAGCCAGGUUUUUUCAACGACCGUAGAAAGCCAUUCAGACGAGUUACUGAUAAAGGAAUGUUGCUAUGGGACAGAAUUCACCACCUAGAGAAGGGGCAGAUUUAUAAACAGGGAAACCUGUAUGAGUUCUUGAGACUCACUGGCUGGAGGGGCUCGAAGGUUUUAUAUUUCGGAGAUCACAUCUACAGUGACCUUGCUGACCUGACUCUGAAGCAUGGCUGGAGGACAGGGGCCAUCAUCCCCGAGCUACGCAAGGAGAUCAAAAUCAUGAACACGGAGGAAUAUGUACACACUAUGACAUGGCUACAGAGUCUGACCAAUCUGUUGGAGCAGAUGCAGGUGCAUCGAGACGCUGCCUCACAAUCAGUGAUUCAGCAGUGGAUCAAAGAGAGAGAGGACUUGAGGUCACAGGCAAACAACAUGUUCAACAGUCAGUUCGGAAGUUUGUUCCGCACGUAUCACAACCCGACAUAUUUCUCCCGCCGCCUCUCACGUUUUGCGGACAUCUACAUGGCCUCCCUCAGCUGUCUGCUCAGCUACGACCUGCAGCACACGUUCUAUCCACGUCGCACGCCACUUCAACAUGAGGCCCCAAUCUAGCCGGCACAGUGCAGCACAGGAGCCAUUAAUACUCCCUUCCAGAACCGUCUCAAAGGCUCAGACUAGAGGAGGAGUAAUAAUCUGAUGGUAUUAUAUAAUAUAAAACUUUAUUUAAUAUACAGCAACAGCAGUGUAGCGAUUUAGCAGAUUGAUUAGCCACAUAUCAAUAAUACUUAUGGUAAUGACUGGUACUGGUGAAGAAACGGUACUGGUACUGGUGAAGAAACGGACAACUACAAAAGUAGAGACAUAGGUUUUACAAUUGUAUAAAGAAAAAAAUUAAGGUUUGCAUGUUUUCCUUAGUAUAUGUUUAAAUAUGAAAUGAGCUAGGGCUCAGUUGUACUAGGCCCAACAAUAACACAUAUGACAUACAGUAGUGGGUCGCUGUCGCCCAGUUAUAAAAUGCUGUAGUUUUUUAAGAUGCCAAUUCCUUAUUUUUAUAUUUGCAGGAUACUUGAUUCUAUGUGUUUUAGUCUUAAGUGACUUAAUCUCUUGACUGACAACAAAUAUUUUUAGAUUCCCCCCCAACUGUGUUAGGAAAAUCUCUGGAUGUGGUGGAGAUUUUUAAAUUGCCAAUAAAUUUAGCAAUGAGGGAGUAUAUUUACAUCAGCUACAUCCUCCUUUGCGUAUUUGAUAUGCAAAAAUAAGUUACAAUUUAUUAUGAUAAAAUGCAUACAAAUGUUUCAGAUUUACAGCCAAACUAUGGAAAGUUGAUGAGGCAUUGUAUGCAUUUAAAUAGCUUUUGUGAUGUAUGCUGAUUUAGUAACAGCCUGAUGUUAUAUAUAUGUUUUACUAUCCUUAUAAAUUACUUUAACAGCUCACUCACAGUAUCUAAUGUCCAGUAUCUGAUAUUGUAUCAGCUUAAAGCAGCAGUUGCUCAGUCAAGUGACCAAUAUAUUGUCCGGUGUAAUGUAACGCUUUCAAUAUUAGGCAGUGUAAAUAAUUGUAUUGCAAUGUAUUGAAAAACAGCUUUGCACUGAAUUUUCAUCCAGACAUGACUUAAAUCAUUGGAGUUCAUUUUUGUGUCGACUCGGAAAAUAGAAUUGGUUUUAUUAGAUGUAUUUUUUUUUAAUGAAUGGAAAUGGACUGAACUGAAAAAUCACUGAACGAUUACAGUGUUAUGUAGCUCUUCUAACUUUGUUCAUAGUUUACUGUAUUUACUUUGUGAUGACCUUUAUUCAAAGUCACUUAUUUAUUUAUUAAACAGUUUCAUGGGA